AUGCGCAAGCUCUCCCGCAGCAGCACCGCCGCUUCCUCCUCCUCCACCAACGGCGCUCCUCCUCCCCCCUCCCCCUCCGCCGCCAUACCCGCCUCCCUCCUCGACCCGCAACUUCCCCUCCCGCGCCUCUUCGUCUUCGACCUCGACUACACCCUCUGGCCCUUCUGGGUCGACACCCACCCCACCCCUCCCCUCAAAACCACCUCCUCCCGCACCGCCGCCACCGACCGCUACGGCGAGGAGUUUGCCUUUUACCCAGACGUCCCCCAGAUCCUCCAAUUCCUGACCCGCGCUGCUGCCCCCUCCGGGCCGAUCAAGCUCGGCGUCGCCUCGCGCACCUCGGCCACCGCGCUGGCCCGGGAGCUGCUCAAGAUCCUGCACGUUCCCGUCGGCGAGGGCGCGGGGGAAAAGGCGAAGCGCGCGGGGGACGUGUUCGACGCGGGGAUGGAGAUUUACCCGGGGAGCAAGAUUCGACACUUUGAGGCGCUGCAGAAGCGCACGGGGGUCGCGUACGAGGACAUGCUCUUCUUCGACGACGAGAGCCGCAACAUGGAGACGGAGAGGCUGGGCAUCACCAUGAGGCUGAUCCGCGACGGCUUGACGUGGGCAGAGGUCGAAAAGGGCGUCGAGGAGUGGCGCAAGCGGAGAGGCUACAAGAAGAACUAG